AGUGGCAUCUUUUAUAUGAAUAAGAGGAAUUUUCAUAGAACAAGGCCGGCGCUUGUAAGGGACUAUUAUGAUGUACUGGGAGUGAGUAAGAAUGCAACUGCUUCAGAAAUUAAGAAAGCUUAUUAUGAAGUAUCAUGCGGGAACAUGACCAAUAAAUUGAGAGUGAGAAGCAGUGCAAAAGUAAAAGUUUGGGUUGUGGCAAUAAAUGAUGCGGGACUACGACCACCGGGGGACUGGUGUAUGCCUCACUGUUUUGGUUCUUUUGAUCCUUCUAGGGGGUUAACAGAAUAUGACAGUCAGGUCCAGUGGUUUGUUGAUGGACAAGCUGCAUUUGCUUCAAUUGCUUCUUCUAUUGAAGUAGCAAAAUCAGAGAUAUUCAUUACUGUCUGGUGGCUCUGUCCUGAGUUAUACCUUCGACGUCAUUUUCACAUUCAUGCGUCUUCUCGGCUUGAUUCCUUGCUAGAGGCAAAGGCUAAACAUGGUGUUCACGUACUUUCAGCAUUACCAUGUGUUGUUUCACUUGUUCUAUUUUAGUUUUAGUUAUUUGGUUCAUCAGAUUCACUGAAAUUACUGAUGUCGUGACUAUAGUAAAGUUUUCUUGCAUUAUCUUAUUCACUUUGUAACAAUA